ACAACUGAGACCUGUAUAAACUCAACUGAACAAAAACGAGUUAUUUUAGGAGGCAUAUAAAUAUAAUAUAGUAGCUGUCAUGGAUGGUUUCUUAAACACCGUCAAGGGAACCGCCCUUGGAAUUGCGGAAAAAUUCACACCGACCCUAAAGGAAUCCAAGUUUAAAGAAACAGGAAUGCUAACGGCUGAAGAAUUUCUUGCAGCUGGUGAUCAUCUAGUCCAUCACUGUCCUACGUGGCACUGGGCAAGUGGAGACUCUGCAAAAGUAAAGUCCUACCUUCCUGCAGACAAGCAAUUCUUACUCACAAGAAAUGUUCCGAGCUACAAAAGGUGUAAACAAAUGGAGUACAUGGAAGAACAGGAAAAGAUUAUUGAGGACGAAAACGACCCUGAUGGAGGCUGGGUGGACACUCACCAUUACCAGUCUCUUGAUCAGUCUACAGCCUCCGUAGGCGAUGCCAUGGCAGACCUGAGCCUGGACUCUGAGAAACCCACAGCUGCUGUAGAUAUUGCUGAAAUUAAUGAUGAUGACGACGAUGAUGAUGAACCUGCAGUAGACAUGGAUGAUCUGGAAGAGAAUGAAAUGUUAGAAGAGGAUGAGCUCACAGUAGAUCCACGCGCAUUAGCUAAGAAAGAUUCCAAGUCGGAAGGGGUCGAAAGCGAUACUGGAAUAAUACAGACCAGGACCUAUGACCUUAACAUUACAUAUGAUAACUACUACAGAACUCCUCGGCUCUGGCUCAAAGGUUAUGAUGAGAACCGUGUUCCCCUGAGCGUGGAGCAGAUGUAUGAGGACUUCAGUCAGGACCACGCAAAGAAGACCGUCACCUUCGAGAAUCACCAACAUCUUCCCGAACACAUGGCCUCCGUUCAUCCUUGCAGGCAUGCAGAAGUUAUGAAGAAGCUUAUCCAGACUGUAGAAGGAGGUGGUGAAAAAGAGCUACAUGUGCAUCUAUAUUUGUUGAUAUUCCUGAAGUUUGUGCAGGCUGUUAUUCCAACCAUUGAAUAUGAUUACACACAGCAUUUCCACAUGUGAUAAUAAAUAUUAGUAUUAGUCAAGACAGUAAUUGUGGUCAUAUUCUAAAAGAAUUUAAAUAUGCACAUUAAACUAUGUUAUGCUCCCCAAUUGAUGGUGGUUACACAUUAAUAUUAUAACACCGCAGCCCUUUUCUGAAGUACCUCCAGCGUGAUUUUCAAAAUAUGUAUGUUGUCAUGAAAAUGGCUGCUUUGUGAGAUUUUUAGUAAUAUAUCCAGACUAUAUAGUAAGUUACCCGAA